CCAACCGCAGAUAAACACCACAUAAAUAGUAUGCGUGCGCGCCACCUUGUUUCGGUCACGUGAGACGAUUACGAUUAUGGUGGAAGUGUAUUUCUUGAAGUGAAGCCGCAAAAGAACCAAAACAGACCGGGAUAUUAAGGAAAGUUGCCUGUCACGUCUUGAACUUCUUCUGCCCUUGGAUUCGGGUAUGUCAUGGCCUCCAGCAUUGCUAAACCAGGCCCUGGGAAUGGCUACCCCAUGAAGGCACAACUGCAAAUUAUGGUGCUAUCAGCAAAACUGAAAGAGAACAAGAAGAACUGGUUUGGCCCCAGUCCAUAUGUUGAAGUUGCAGUUGACGGCCAGUCCAAAAAGACCGAAAAAUGCAACAACACCCACAGUCCCAAAUGGAAGCAGCCGCUCACAGUAAUUGUCACUCCUUUCAGCAAGCUCAUCUUCCGGGUAUGGAGUCACCAGACCUUGAAGUCGGACGUAUUGUUAGGCAUGGCAACUUUGGAGGUCAGCGACACACUCAAAUCCAAUGACAUGAAUAUCUCUGAGGUGGUGCAGACCCUGCAGCUGAGUGCAGACAAAGACCAGACGGAUGUGGUGGGGGACCUGUCUGUCUGUCUGGACGGCAUGCAAGUCGACCCAGAGAUGUUUGCCUCUGCUGCCGAGGCCAACAACCGAAGUACGUCAAAUGGGGAAUCGCAACACAACGGGGAUCAUGAUGUGAGGCGGAGUAGAGAUGGCUCUCCUUCUGUGGAUGGUUUGGAGCACAGAGCUUCCCCAACUGGGCGUGCAGUCGCAGUGAACGGCACAGGGUCUCCCGCUCUGUCAGCAGGGGGCUCCAAGGGGAAUCCUCUACGGCCCCCCAGGCCCUCCCGACCCCCACCACCCACCCCGCGCAGACCAACCUCCUCUCCAGCAUCCUCUAAUAGUUCCAUACCAACUGAAGGAAGCGAUGGCCCCAGCUCAGAAACCCCAGUCCGUAUGCCUGCACCUGCAGUACCAGCCGCAGACCCCAAUGCACCACCCCCUACACACGACCAGAGCCAAGCAAUGGCAGCCAGACAAGCAGCCAGUGUUACCCCAGGCCCCCCCAGAGUCCCCACUGUCGCUGCAGGCCCACUGCUUCCAGGAUGGGAGCAGAGGGUGGAUCAGAACGGAAGGCUGUAUUUUGUAGAUCAUGUGGAAAAGAGGACCACGUGGGAGCGGCCUGAGCCUCUACCUUCUGGGUGGGAGCGGCGAGUGGACCCCAUGGGCAGGGUCUACUUUGUAGACCACAUCACCAGAACUACCACCUGGCAACGGCCCACCAUGGAGACGGUACGGAACUAUGAACAGUGGCAGCACCAACGCAACCAGCUACAGGGUGCCAUGCAGCAGUUCAACCAGCGCUUCAUAUAUGGGGUGAAUGGGCUCCAGGACCAGGUUCCAGCCACUGAGAAUAAGCAGUUUGAUCCCCUGGGCCCUCUGCCACAUGGAUGGGAGAAAAGAACUGACAGCAACGAGAGAGUGUACUUUGUCCAACACACCACACGGACUACACAGUGGGAGGACCCUCGCACUCAGGGGCUGCUGAAUGAAAAGCCUCUUCCAGAGGGCUGGGAGAUGAGGUUCACUGUCGACGGCAUCCCAUACUUUGUGGACCACAACAGGAGAGCCACUACAUACAUCGACCCUCGCACUGGAACAUCCUCACUUGAAAACGGGCCCCAGAUUACUUACGUUCGAGACUUUAAAGCCAAAGUCCAGUACUUCAGAUUCUGGUGCCAGCAAUUGUCAAUGCCUCAGCACAUCAAGAUCACUGUCACCCGCAAAACCCUGUUUGAGGACUCGUUCCAACAAAUAAUGAGCUUCAAUGCACAGGACCUCCGCAGGAGACUAUGGAUCAUAUUCCCUGGGGAAGAAGGCCUCGAUUAUGGUGGGGUGGCAAGGGAGUGGUUUUUCCUGCUGUCUCAUGAGGUGCUGAACCCCAUGUACUGCCUAUUUGAAUAUGCUGGGAAGGACAACUACUGCCUGCAGAUCAACCCUGCCUCAUACAUCAACCCUGACCACCUCAAAUACUUUAAAUUCAUUGGACGCUUCAUCGCUAUGGCUCUUUUCCAUGGGAAGUUCAUUGACACAGGCUUCUCGCUGCCGUUCUACAAGCGCAUGCUGAACAAGCCAUGGGCACUGAAAGAUCUAGAGUCCAUUGACACAGAAUUCUACAAUUCUCUUAUCUGGAUUAAGGAGAAUGACAUUGAGGAGUGUGGCCUGGAGAUGUACUUCUCUGUGGACAAAGAGAUUCUGGGUGAAAUCACCACUCAUGAGCUCAAGCCGGAUGGUGGCGAGGUCCUGGUCACUGAGGAGAACAAGGGGGAGUAUAUUAGGCUUGUAGCAGAGUGGAGGUUGUCCAGAGGUGUGGAGGAGCAGACCCAGGCCUUCUUUGAGGGUUUCAACGAGGUCCUCCCACAGCAGUACCUGCAGUACUUUGACGCCAAAGAACUGGAGGUGAUGCUGUGUGGGAUGCAGGAGAUCGACCUGACAGACUGGCAGAGGAACACCAUCUACAGACACUACGCACGCAGCAGCAAGCAGGUCCUCUGGUUCUGGCAGCUCAUCAAAGAGAUGGACAACGAGAAGCGGAUGAGGCUCCUCCAGUUCGUCACAGGCACCUGUCGCCUUCCUGUUGGAGGCUUUGCUGACCUAUUGGGAAGCAAUGGCCCGCAGAAGUUCUGCAUUGAGAAGGUGGGAAAGGAGAACUGGCUGCCCAGAAGUCACACCUGCUUCAAUCGAUUGGAUCUGCCUCCUUACAAAAGCUAUGAGCAGCUGAAGGAGAAAUUGAUGUUUGCGAUUGAAGAGACUGAGGGCUUUGGGCAGGAGUGAUCUAGCAACUGAUCGAUAGACACAGGAGUGUGGUCUUCGUUUGUCAGUGUUUUAGCCAGGGAGCCCGUCUCAUAGAAUGUGUGCCCCCCCCCAUCAUGCAUUAACGCUGGAAACUCACCCUCAAUAACAUCAUAUCAUAUACGGGACAGGAUUAUCAACAGCAUCGGUCCCACCACUAUUUCUGACUAACCCAACACUGACUUUGAGGAAAAUGUUGUAAUUUCAUCAGAAAUAAAAUUCUUAUGUCUGAUAAGACAAUGGGAAGGUGCAAUGCACAUGCUUUAAAAUAGAACAGUUCUUCUGUUCAAGGCUCCUUAGCAUUUAUCUGUGAAUCAAUAAAAUAUUGCACGGGACAAUAUUGGCCCCUAUAUUUAUAAAGGUACAUGGAUGUGGCUCUACUAUGACCCUAGUUUUAUAGGGCGUUGUGACAUGAUGAUAAAAUGUAAUCUCUUUAAAUAUUCUGGGGAAAAGGAAGUGUGAAAUGUUUGUGUCCAGAAUAUUGCCUUGAUGUCUUGGCUGAUUUGAGAUUUAACCAAGUUGUGUGCUGAGGUUGUGCCUGUGAAGACUAAACCGGUAGCUUUUAAAAGAGAUUUUUUUUAAUAAACUGAUUUAUCCAUUUUAUAUUAAUGGGAGAUGUUUUUCUGGCCGUGGCAAAGGCAUGGGAACGUCGGUGAGAAUACAUUUUGUUUGAUUUUCUGGGUUGAUUUUGAAUGGAAAUCCUAGGGAAGUUAAUGUGUAAAUAAUGAUAAUUUAUGGUGCAUUGCAAAUAAAAAGUCAGCUCCUAUUUUUGUCUCCAGAUUUAUCCUUAAUGCAACUUAAACUGCUCUCCUUGUAUAUGAAACCAUGUUGUAAAUUGUGUUAAUAACAAAUUAAUUUCAUUUUGUAAAAUAAAAAUAGCGUUUAGUAAUAAGGGGUGUAUUGUGAAACACAAUUUGAAAGAUUUUUCCCGUGUUGAUUUAUAUGUACAUUAUGAAUUUGUGUAAAAAAAAAUAUUAAAAAUAUCAAAUUAA